AAAUUAAUCACCAAAGACUCACUCAGCAUUGCGCAGCAGCACAGCACAGCACGGCACGGCACAACACAGCGCUGCAGUCGCUGCAACCACUGGAAUCAAGUUCAGCGGCGGGAAAAGUGCAAAUGCGAAGCCUACAUCAGCCAGGUUGCACCCCUGUCUCGCUGUUGGAAGAGUCACUCAAUUCUACCACACCCUCACAAAGCCUGUCUGCGGCUUUUCCACCCCCUGCCCCUAUCUGAUACCCCCUGUCCUCACUUUUUUUUUUUACUCGACCCCCAGUCGGGCCCCUCCUCCCACUAGCGUCCUCCCCUGCCAUCACCCGCUAAGGUAGUGUAGGCAGGUUUGGAAGUCGGUGCGGUGCGUGAGGUGUCCACACCCAGAGGCACACACACAAAUCUUAGAAUAUAUAUCUCUGUUGCUUCCCGCUCACCCUCCUUUCCUCCUCUCUUUCACGUAUCUUGGCGAUUGCCAAUCACUCUGAAUCCCCAAACAAGUUCACCAAGACUUAUUCAGCACGUCGUUGCAUCGACGUCAUCGCUCUUUUUCUCAAUCAAUUACUCAUCCUGGCUUCUGGACCCUCGAAGCGUCCAGCGUCUUCUCGACACUACUACCAGGUUCUACGGGAUCUGGUGCCUAUUCCUCCAAGUUGAGGAGAGAUAUAUUACCCAUCGGUCAUGUUCGCCGUCGCAAAAGAAUCUUCUAACCUCUUUUCCUCCGACUACAUACCGAGGUGACGGGCCUACUUCCAUCACCUCCCCUUGGGCGUCUCUUCCCCGGCGCAUCUUGAUCUGUUGAAUCUGCUUGCAUGCAGUGUUGACAUUCCUGACAAGCCAACUCAACUUACUCACUAGAAAAAGAACAAAAAAAAAAGACACGAGAACAACUCCGAAAUUCCGCGAGCGUCACGACAACCCAACAACUGCGGGUGCUCGGGAGGAGAGCAGUUGUUUGAACCCUGGAAACAGCGGAUGUCAGUUGGACAUCGCCACACAAUAACAUGAGUUACAAAUCUCCACGAACUCCUGGAUCGACGCCGAUCCACGACUACGACAGCGUCUACUCGAGGAUGUCGUCCGCAACUCCCACCCCUUCCCCGAGGCCGACCUGGGCCGACUCGACUCCCAGGCGGCCAGCGACGCGAGCGGCUCAUUCGCGAUUCAACAGCUACUCUCAGGCUAGCGACUUCAGCCCGCGUCCUCCAAAGGACUCGCCUCGCUACAACAGCAUUGGGCAAUAUAGCACGGCAGAUGUGAGUCACAAAACUUCUUCGUCGCGCAGGCCUUCCGAGUCAUCUCCGCGCUCCAAGCGCGACCGCCGAUUCUCAUUUACCUAUGUCCGGGCUUCCACCCCAUAUGGAGAAUCCGACGAGGACGAGAUCAUCGAGGCGCUGGGACAUACAUAUGUGCUUCCCGCACAGUCCCGCUCCAAGAUCAAUCAUCACCGCAAAUCCGCUUUCCUACCUCGAGACUUUGAUGAUGACCGGGGACGGUACACUAAUUACGACGACUACCUGCAGGGUGCUACCACCGCCGCUAUCUACGAUGACUACUACACACGAGAGCAGGCUUCCACUUUCCAGUCGCCUCAGCCUCAACCUCGACCUCCUACCAGCUUCGGCCACAGCCGUCGAUCCUCCACCGCGGUCCCUCCUCCCCGGCCACAGACAGUCCGCCCCGCUAGCUCACACCGCAGCAAGCCCGCGUCUACCCCUUCUACUCCCAAGGCCACUGAUGCCGAUGCUCGCAAGCACCGCAUUCCUGCCGGAUACUCACUCAAGAACUGGGACCCUGCCGAAGAGCCCAUCCUUCUCCUAGGUAGUGUCUUUGAUGCCAACAGUCUCGGAAAGUGGAUCUAUGACUGGACCGUCUACCACCAAGGUCCUGCCACUCCCAUCUCUGAUAUGGCUGGCGAGAUGUGGCUGCUUCUCAUUCAGCUCGCUGGCAAGGUCAAGCGAGCUGAGGAGACAGUGGGUCGCGUCCGCACUCCUGACAACCGUGACCUCGUUGAGGAGUUCAUUGAGGCCGGUGAACGCCUCACUGAGAAGCUCCGAUCUCUCCUCAAGGCCUGUGAAGCCCCCAUGCUCAAGGCUGCUAAGCGCAAGCAAGCUGGCCUCGGCAAGAAUGCCGGUGUGGAGUUCGUUGAGACCCUCUUUGGACGUGACCGCGAGCUCGACAAGACGGAGAAGUUUAUGCAAAACGUGAGGCUCUUCAACCUUCGCUUUGACGCCAACUGUGAAGAAAUUCUCCGGAACCCUACCAAAUAAGCGGAUCAUCCAUUGGACCCCUGGAAUGUUUCUGUUUACCAUGCCUAUACCUGAGGAUCCUAUGAUACCGGCCAGUGACAUUUACCAAAGCUCGCCGGACUGGAUACCCAUAUCCGUUGUAUACUACCACUACUAUCCGGAUCUCCUGGACACACUCAUAUCCAUGACAAGGAUUUCCAUCUAUCUUUUCUUUUACGACAUCUCUACCUCGUCCCAAGGAAGCGAUUUCUUUUUAUUGACUUGGCAAUCGAAACAAAGACACCAAGACUCAUGGGGCGACCUGUACCACCAGCAAUGCACACGCGCGCGCGGAGGAGGGGAUCGAUAUCAAGGGGGCUUCUUUUUCUUCCAAUUCGAGAUACCCAGUGUUUUUUCCGUUCGGAAUGACGCGAGCAGUUGGCGAGGGGGAGCAAGCAAGCGAGUCAUCUUCAGUGAUGACAAGGAGUGACAGACUCCGAUUUUCUUUUUUCUACGCUUUUUGUUUUUGGAGCUUGGAUAUUAUUUUGUGUUUUGGGAUCAGCGCGCGUUAGGAUAACAAAAGUGAUUGACACUUAGAACGGAAGGCUACUUACUACACGGUAAUCUGGAGGAUUUGACGUCGUUAACGUUCCUCAUUGAUGGAUGGAAGCAAUGUCCCCAUGCAUUAGAGCUACGAGGAGGGGUUGGGGGCGUUAUGGAUUGGUUAUACCACUUUCAAGAUGGAUACUUUUGAUUUCGAUUAUUUUAAUAUUUAGGCAAAAAAAUCGCAAACUAUCUACACAAUUAUCUUUGUUCUUCGUGAUGUCUUAGAA